UGUUACAGUCGUGCUUGCGCGAAUAGGCAUGGACUGAUCCGCAAAUAUGGUUUAAAUAUUUGCAGACAAUGUUUCAGAGAAUAUGCUGCUGAUAUCGGUUUCAAAAAGGUAUAG